CAAUAUGGCGGCGUUUCCACUAUAACCCCUGCUAUAACAAAGCGGUGGUCACUUUGAAGUAAAGUUAUCUCAUUUGGACCAGGAAGCUAGUCUGGACUAACUGGGUAGCAGGUUGUGUUUAGCUUACAUUCAGCUGCAUGGUGUUGUAUUUGUCGACGCCAGAGAACAGUUCACCCAGUUUCAGUACCAGUAAUAACACCUACGUGGAGUUGUCGUCAGUAUGAUCAGCACAAUGAAUGCGGAAGCCGCAGUAGAACUUAACCAGAUCUAUAACUAAUGAAGGGAUAUUGCACGCUAGGAUAACUAGUACCCCUGCUACAAGAGAAAAGAGCCCACCACUGAACCACCCAUGGCUUCAUGGAUUUAUGAAGAUUGUAUGCUACCAGAAAACUCCGUGACAUUCUGAGAUACCCAGUUGGACUUGCAGUGUCACAAUGAAUUUCCAAGGCCUACAUUUCCGUUCACCUUCACAAAAGGUGAUGGUUGGCCUCUCAGUUGGGAUUAUUGUUGUGCUUUUGAUGUUCUUGUGGAUAAUUCAAGGUCCCCACUUGCAUCUCACAGGUGUCACAUCAUACAAUCUGAUGGAUGAAAUAAUCUCGACGUUAAGGGAUAAAAAUGACACCGAUGUCAAACAGUAUGGGGACCCGUUCUUUUUUAAAGAAGAGCUAGGAGGGGAAAUAGCUUCACCCCUACUGGGUGAUGGAAAUAAGAUUAUACCCAAGUUAAAAAUGACAUUAAAGGAAUAUGACAGACUAGAGAAAGGGUUUUAUGGCCAUCUCAUGCGCCAGCAGUACGACUGCCGUAAUAGAGUUCGUGCUGGAAUCUCUGAAGACGGAGGUUGGGAAGUUUGUAUGGACCCACCGUUUGCCAUUAAACCUGGCUCAUGUCUUGUGUAUUCUUUUGGAUUGGGAAAUGAAUGGUCCUUCGACAGAUAUAUGUCAAAGAGCUGCACAGUGUAUGGGUUUGAUCCAAGACUGGAGGAACAUGUCAAGAAAGAGGUUCACCAAAAAUCUCAGGGGCAUAGGUGA